UGACUUAAUAACCAAGAUAACAAUUUCAAUGAAACAAAAGAUGUUGACUUCUCCGAGUUACAGCUGAGGCCAUUUCUUAAUGAUCAGGUAGUUAAGGGAAUUGUAUAAAUAUAAGUUGUCGAAUUUAAAUAGUUUAGUAUCGUUUAAGAUUUGAGUGUGCUAAAAUGGUGAAUUUAAAACCGGAAAUUUCUGAUGGUCUUGCUAAUUCACAUCGUAAUCAUCGCAAUUUUGGUUAUAGAUUUGGUAGGAAUCGUGAAGAGAAAAAACAAGUACCCAACGGUCUUUUACAAUUAGAUGCCUUGGCACAAAGAUCAGUGGUUUUAAUGGAAAAGCACGGAUCGACUUCAAACAACAAUUACCAUGUCGCGAUGGAUCUUUUGCGUUUGCAAUACAACCUGAAUUUUAUCGUUCUCUGUGAACAGUGCAACGGACCGCACGCAGUUGACGAAAUAUUAGCUCCAGAACGUUAACCUUGAAAGCAUACAUUACAUGCGAAGACAACAUCUAAGCAUCGCGCUCUCUAUAUUGUUCAAAGCCUGUAUCUGUUUUUUACAAAAUAACAGUACUAACGAUAUAUAUCAUUAGUACUGUUAUUACCCAUGCUUAUAGAUGUUUCUCAUAUGUUUUAUUUUUAUAUUAGGUCACUAAAGGUGACUUAUACCCUUAGUAUUUCGGGGUAAAUAUUUCUAUUGUAUUUUAUGAUUUAUCGUGUGUUAAUUGUAUAAUGUUAAAAAUUGUGAAACAAUAAUUUAGCAGUGAUAUAAGAUUUUCAUUAUCAU